AUGCGUUUCUCACUAUCACUUUUGGUGAUAGGCGUAGUCGCCAUGGUCUGCGCCGUCACAUCCACCGAGGCCAAGCUUCAGCGUGGUCUUGCGUGGGGAGUUAACGACAACUACGGUCCUCGUAUCGCCAAAGGCCUGAUCAAGUGGUACUGGCACUGGCAGGAUGGGCCUAACCCCAAGUUUGAUGGAAAGCUGCAGUGGAUUCCCACCUUCUGGGGUCCCAAGUACUAUGCGCAGUGGAACGAGCGCAAGCAGGAAAUGAAGAACAAUUUGCCAAAGUACAUUCUCAGCUUCAACGAGCCAGAAAUUGCUGGGCAGUCCAACCUGGACCCCAAGUACGCCGCCAAGCUUCACAUGAAGGAGCUCGAGCCUUUUGCGCGCAAGGGUGUCAAGAUCAGCUCGCCGCAGAUGGUGUACAAGACCGAAUGGCUACAGGAGUUUAUGAAGGAGUGCAACAAGCUUGGGUGCACGGUUGAUUUUAUUGCUAUCCACUGGUACGGCACGACGCGUGACAUGGCCAAGCUCAAGCGAUGGAUCAAGACAAUUCACAGGACGUUUAACAAGCCCAUCUGGGUUACCGAGUACGGCGUCACUGCUGCUUCGGGUCCUAACAUGGCCGCCAUCAAAAAGUUCCACAUGGACGCCACCGCGUGGAUGACCAAGACCAAGUACGUCAAGCGCGCCGCUUGGUUGGGGUGCUUUGAGAUCAACAAUCCACCUGACUCGUACGCCAACAACAAGAACGCGUUCCUGAACAGCAACGGUUCGCUGCGUGACAUUGCCUACUGGUACCUCUACUCGCAGCAGCCGCACAGGCGCUCGCUGCACCACUCGAACCGCGCUUUGCCCACCGCGCACGUUGCGCGUCGCGCCUUGACGCACAAGGACGAGGAGGGUAACGACAUUGUCGACGACGAGGAUACGUUUGACGCUCCGGAACACAUUGUCGAGUGCGACGAGUACUGCCAGCUGCGUGACAAGGCCAUGUCCGCAUUCGAGCUUGAGCACGGCGCCAUCAACGAAGAAGAUGAAGACGACGACGAUGAUGAUGAUGACAAAGAAGACGACGAGUAA